GGAAAACUGUCAGUACUGCAGGAUGUUAAUAUACAAAGAAUAUUAUCAUAUCUGUUGAUAUAUAACUCGAUUUUGCCAAGUACUUACUUUCAAGACCUGUACUUUCAUACUUAUAUAAAGUAAAGUAUGGUUAAAUUAGUUUAGUUAAAUUAGUAAUCCUACUUAUUUAAGUAUUUGCAUGUAUGUGAGUACUUAAGCCUCCUCUGGUAAAGUUAUAGUUACAUAAACUAACACAAACUAUAUUAAUUGCCAUCUAUUUUCCUAAAUCUUUCAUGUCAACAUCACACUUUUCUUCUGGUCUUCUGGUCGAAAUAUCACCCGGUUAUCGGCCCAGAGGAAAAGCACCAUAUCGGUCGAGACUAAUUAUGUGUCCUCUCAGUGAGACCACAACAGGUGCCCUCUUAGGCUCCACCUGUCUGCUCUCUUCUGCAGCGCUCUGGCGACCUAGAAAGCAGCCGUCAUGCAUUACAAGUGGUAUGCCGAUCCACCGGGGGCCGGGCGGCUCAAGCCCCCUCGGUCACCGGAUCGGCGGCACCUGCUCGGCCCCGGGUGCUAUUUUCACCCUCAGGAUAAAGUGAUGGGCAGCCGCCGCCAGUGCGCACGGACCCAGCAGCUCCAGACAGACCAGAGCGAAGCCAGGAUGAAGUCCACAGGCAGCGAGCGCAACCAAGACAGCUUCACCUCCGACCUGGACGACAUGGACAGCAGCACCGACAGCUCCACCGGCGGCUACAGCCCGCGCAGGGAGCCGGGGGAGGCUGCGGGGAAGGACGGAGCGGUCGGUGGUUGUUCAUGUCCCGGUGCCGGGAGACGGAGGAGAAGGCGGAGACGUAGCAGCAGUGGAGGGGGAAGAGGCGGCGGCUCCGGGGUGAACAAGCAGAGGCAGGCGGCGAACGCGCGGGAGCGGGACAGGACGCACAGCGUGAACACGGCCUUCACUGCGCUGCGCACGCUCAUUCCCACAGAGCCCGCGGACAGGAAGCUCUCCAAGAUAGAGACGCUGCGUCUGGCCUCCAGCUACAUCUCCCACCUGGCUAACGUGCUGCUACUGGGGGACGACUGCCGUGACGGACAGCCUUGCCUCCGUUACGAGAGCAUCCUUCACGGCCCCGCCGCGCUCAGCGCGCCUUCCCUGCGGCCUAUCUGCACUUUCUGCCUCAGCAACCAGAGGAAACUGCUCAGAGAUGGAGGGAAGCACUCGGCUGCUGUGUGAAGCAAACAGCCUCCGGGACAGAAGAGGCGUCCACCUCCACGUUGUUUACAUGUAAACAUGUGAUGUUAAAAAAAAAACACAACCUGUAGGAAUCUGUACAUAUUAUAUAUAUAUUAAUAUAUUUAUUUUUGGAUUAGACUACAAAACCAGAUAUAGAACUAACACUGAAAAGCACUUUCUGUUCACUCUGUGUUUUGGUUGAGCUGUAACCUGAGCCGGUGUGUAAAGCUGCACCUGACAUGGGGGGGGAUAUUUUGGUCCCACAGAUAGUACAAACCCCCCCCCCCCCCCUCACCACCACCACCACCACCCAAAAGCUGUGUCGCAUUCAGUCACAUGAGGGAAACUGAAGAGCAGCUCCCGCAGCGGUUGCUGUCAGUUGAGUCAACGUUGCCUCCGAGUGCUUUCUGAAACAUUGCAAGUUUAAAAAGGAGGCAUUUAGUGACCUGCAGCUUCACUGACACAUCACUGGCUUUUCACGUCACAUCUCAGGGAUCAGUGUCAGAUCAACUUGGGUUUUUUUCUUUUUGCACUUUUCUUUGGCAACUGCCACUACAACAAAUUUGUCUUUGUCCACAGGGACAUUUUGUAAAACGUCACUAAAAAGCAAAGGUACUUUAAACUUUAAAUACAGACAAAUAUUUCAAAUUUUAUGUAAAUUGAGAGUAUGAGUGAUACGAGCAAUCAUAUACAUAUCAUAUAUGGCAGAAGGAGCCACAUGGUGGCCCACUGGCCAUCAUUGAUGUCCUUGAUUGUCAUUUACUCAGACUUAAAUGAAUUAGUGAUCGGAAGCCAUUUUAUCUGCCCUUUGCAAAAACCAGACUCCUGGAUUUUUAAUAAUAUACUUGGCAGAAAUGAUUAACUCUCAUUGUUCAGUGUUUAGUGAUCACAGUAACAGCAGCUGUCAGAACAUUAAUUAACAUCAUUAAUGUGAUUUACACUUGAUUUUCUUUUCCUGUCAAAACGGUUCAUGAGCAAAUGGCACAUUCAAAAAAAUACAUAUCUUUUUUUUGUUGCAGUGUGGUGAAAUGUUUACUUUUGCAUUAUUGCACAAUCUCUAUUUUACUUUUGAGACACAAAGUGAACGUCUUGUGAGUACAUGAAUGUAGCACAGUUGACAAUGUGACAUCAACACACUGCCGGCCACUGAUUGGUCAGCGUGCAGUAUAGGCUUCCUUCUGCACUUGAGUUUGCAAAAUUGAAAGAAAUAUAAAAUCACUUUAAGAAUCACUAGAUCCCGUGACAUGAAUUACACAGCAAAUAUGGCUGAGGAACUAUCAAGUGAGAAAAUGUUGCACACUACCUCAAAGCUGUCACAGAUACGAAGGCCUACCUCUAAAUCGAAUGUGUAACAUAUACACGACUGUGUAAAAUGUACUUGAAUACCUGACAAUUGUACUUUGCACAUCACAGAUACUGAGAAGCUGCUUGAAAAACAAAUGUAUUUUUGUACAAUAAAAACGAAAACGAA